AUGUUCGGCAAUACGAAUAGAGGAACAAAUUACUGGGCUAGCUCCACGCAACCAAGUUCCAACAUGCCAGGUUCAUUUAACACGUUGGGGUCUUCGGUAACAGGUGGACAAGCUACAGGAUCAACAUUUGGUGGUUUCGGGGGUGCUAAUACUAUGGGUAACACCGGUUUUAUGAGCCAGACUCCGACAACUACUUUCGGGGUAUCGCAAAAUACAUCACUGUUUGGGCAGCAGGCCCAGCAGAAUACAGCUACCGGAUUUGGGGGCAUGAAUACUACUGGAGGCAUGUUUGACCAGAAUAAACAAGGUUUUAUGGGUUCAUCUACUGGUUUAUUUGGUCAAAACAACCAGAGUAACACCAUGUUCGGCUCUGGCAUGAACACUGGAGCCAGUAAUACGUUCAACAGCGGUAUGAACACAGGCUCAACCUUGUUCGGUAGCAACACUAAUACUGGAGGUUUGUGGUCGAGUGGUACCAAUACGGGUUUCGGUACACAGAUCCAAGGUAGCGAGGUUGCGACCCCCAAACAUUUUGACGGAGCAUCGAUCACGCAUAUUGCCUACGAAAAACCAGACACAUGCAAAGAUGAAUACCGAUGGGAGUACUACAAGAAAGUGACACCACAGGGUGCUGCAAGCGCGAUGCAACCAGCCACGUCCGCCACGGGAGGACUGUUUGGCAGCACCCAACCUACGACUACUACGGGCGGGUUAUUUGGUUCUACACAGGCCGCAACUCCUACCGGAGGAUUAUUUGGUAGCACGCAACCGGCUACAUCCACGGGCGGUCCUUUUGGAAGUACCCAACCUGCCACCACUGGUGGCUUAUUUGGAUCUAGUACCACUGGUACUACCGGAGGUGGUCUGUUUGGCAGCACUCAGCCCACUACGGGAACUUCCACAGGUGGUUUGUUUGGUGCCACUACCCAAUCUGCAACCCCUACCGGAGGGUUGUUUGGGAGUACUCAGACCGGUGGUCUUUUUGGAGCUACGCAACCCGCCACCACCGGUGGCUUAUUUGGGUCAACGACCACUGGUACCACGGGAGGCGGGCUCUUUGGCACUACGCAGCCUGCAACAGGAACCACUGGUAUUUUGGGUACCACCCAACCGUCUACUUCUACUACAGGGCUUUUCGGCAGUACUAAUACCGCAGGAGCUACGGGUACCACUGGAUUGUUUGGCUCCAGUAGUACCUCUACGUUUGGAGGGACAAACAAGAGUCUUUUUGGCAAUUUAUCUACAGGAUCGACAACCACUGGUACUACAACAACGGGUACAGGUCUCUUCGGUACAUCCAAUAUGUACGGUUCUUCUUCAACGAUGGGUACAGGCGCAAGUACAGGCACAACAAGCCUGUUCCGCCCUGCUACUACCGGAACUACUGGAACAGGUCUUUUCGGCAGUGGUUCCACCACUACUACUAGCACGGUGCCCAACUUGUUCGGUACCACCUCCACUACCUCUGCUACAGCUACUACCCCUUCAUUAGGGUUAUUUGGAUCUACCACUGGUACGGGUACCGGCAAUUUAUUUGGAACUACUACAACUCCUGCUACCUCUGGAUCUUUACUUUCUUUCGGCACUGGUGGUACCCAGACCUUCGGUUCUACUACUUCUGGAGCACAGCUGCCUCAGACGUGUAACAUGCGUUUGGGUCCACUUACUUUGAGCUGGAAUGUGAAUACUCCAUCACCUGGUGUGCAGAGUUUUUGGUCUAAUGAGUCCGCACUGCCCCAAGAAGCAAAGCAAUAUCUUGUUAAGCUUUCCAACUCACAGAAUAAUGCAGCACAAGGCCAAACCACGGCUGAUGUUCGUCAGGCUGGGACUUCCGUCGCAUCAGGUUCUUCAGACCCUGGUAUUGGUGGUUUGGAGGACACACAGGAUCGUUUUGGUUUGCGUCAAGUUUUGAAGGAUCUUGGUGUGCAGAUUCCUCGUUACAAAUUGCAUCCUGAUAUAAAGGAUGAAUAUAUGGUUUCGUGUGAUGUAGACUCUGAGGUACGUGUCAAGACGAGUCUGUCUGCUGAGUUGAAGGUUCAACGUGAUUUGUGCGGUAAUUAUGCCAAGGUUCCGAAGUUGUAUCACUCAGACAAUUUGCACACAUCCACUCCCGAAUCAUCUGCCGUUUCCGAUGAUACCUUUUUAUCGCUGCACAACGGAGGUGCGAAGGAGUUUGAGGCGUUGCGUCAUGAGGCGCGCGGAUGCAAUCUCCGUAAGCCUCAGGACCCUUCCAAUUCGCAGACGGAUGAUCUUCCAUAUCUUCCUAGCAAUCGUUCUUCGUUGUUGUUUGAGAAGCCGAGUAACACGAGUAGCAUCCAGGGCAACUUAUUAACAGUUCAUGAUGAUCCCCAGGCUUCAAGUUCACUCCAUUGCCGUGCAUUUGAUGAAGUUUACAAAAGCGAGUCAGGUUCUGGUGAAGCAAGUCAGAUGGCAAGUCGUCCAAGUUAUGACGCUGGUACUACUGAAGACUCUGUGUGUUUAGAUAAUCCUGCACCGUCUGAAUCUGUAUCUUUAUGUCCUAUUUUUAAAUUAGCUGACGAUACUCCUGGUCAUCCUCCUAUUUUAACUAAAGAGGGAUAUACUACUCGUCCAACAAUGUCAUCUCUGCGUCAGAUGUCUGACAAGCAGUUAUCUAACGUGAUGGACUUUCAGGUAAUUCGUCAAGGUUUUGGUGAUAUUUUAUGGCCGGGUUACACGGAUGUGCGUCAUUUGAAUUUGGAUAAGAUCGUUGAUAUAGCACAUCGCAAGGUUACCCUGUAUGGUAGUACUUCUCGUGUUCAUCCUGUUGGUGAGGGUUUGAACAAGAAUGCGAUUAUUACUUUAUAUAACUGUGCGCCUGCUGGUUAUGUGGAUGGUAAAUCUAUAACUGAAACAGUGGAUCAGCUUGAGAAACUGAAGGAUCAUACAACAUCGCUUGGUUGCAAGUUCCUUUCUGCCAAUUUUAAAACUGGUCAAUGGGUGUUUGAGGCACCUUGUUUUGUGAAGAAUACGUCUGGUGACGUUUCUGAGCGUAAGUCUCUUUCUUUUACUACUUAG